GAGAGCUGCGGAGCUGAAAUGAAGCGCACACACGGAGCGGCUCACAACACCGCGCAGCGCCGUGUGGCUCAGGAAGAGGCUCCGCGCCGCUAAAGCUGAAGGCUGCUCCGGCUGAGUGAAGGGCUCCGUCCAUGCGGAGGCUAGCGCUCAUUCUGCUGCCCUGUGCUGUUGCCGUCCUGGUGCACUUGUGGUUGGCACAACGACCCUCCUCCACCUCGCUGGACAACAACACACACUCGGAUGAAGCAUUACCUUUCUAUGAAGUUUUGGUGGGAGUGCUGUCAGCGAGACACCAUUAUGAACUGCGACAAGCGAUAAGGGAGACCUGGCUGGGCUACCUCCGAGAUCACCCCCACUUCCAGCACAGAGUGGGGGUGAAGUUUAUCGUGGGCAAACAUGGGUGUCCCAUUCCAGAGGAGGACAGAGAGGAUCCGUAUUCCUGCUCCAUCCUGAACUUCACCGAGCCAGUGACAGGGCAGGAUGCAGAGAUAGAGAUCGUGACGGUGUCUGACCCCUCGGUGCUCGCCCCAUCCGACGUGUCGGCCAUCGCCCUGGAUUUCAAGGUCCUCCAUCCAGUGGUUAUCACAAGGCUGGGCGUGUUUCCCAGCGGGACCCGGCCCGAGCUUCAGAGCAACGUUACGGUGAAGCUUCUCCAGCUGGACCAGGAGGAGGCUGUGGUUACUGCUCGCUUCAGUGCCAUCAGCACAGGGACCGUGGUGAACGGGGUCUGGUACAAACCGGUGGAGCAGUUCAUCUUGCCUAAGGGUUUUGAGGGGACGCUGGUUUGGGAGAGUCUGGACUCUUCUGGAUUGACAACAGUCAACUCCUCCUCUGUGCAGCUCAAUGAUGGAGGUGGUGUCCUGAAGAUCUCCUCUAUUGCAGAGGGCAUAUUGCCUCACAGAAGUGCUCUUGGGUUUCCCGGUUUGGCUGGAGGGUUCACCUUCACUAUCUACGAUGGAGACGGUCUGUCGGGGCUCCUGCGGGGCCGCCCAGCCAGGAUGGAGCACCAUGCCUCCAGGCUGAGGCAGGAGGACGCCGCCUUGCAGCGUGAGAGCCUGCGGCACGGCGACAUGGUGUUCGUAGACGUGGUAGACACCUACAGGAACGUACCUUCCAAACUGCUUCAGUUCUAUAAAUGGUCUGUGGGAAACGCUGACUUUAAUCUGCUGCUGAAGACGGAUGAUGAUUGUUAUAUCGAUGUGGACUCAGUAUUAAUGAAGAUUGACCACAAGGGUCUCAAGCGCAGCAAUUUCUGGUGGGGGAAUUUCAGGCAGAGUUGGGCAGUGGAUCGCAUCGGGAAGUGGCAGGAGCUGGAGUACGCUAGUCCAGCCUACCCGGCGUUUGCCUGCGGCUCAGGCUAUGUGGUCUCUCAUGACCUGGUCCAGUGGCUCGCCAGUAAUGCUGAGAAGCUGAAAGCCUACCAGGGAGAAGAUGUGAGCAUGGGGAUAUGGAUGGCAGCUGUGGGACCACAGAAAUAUCAGGACCCCGGCUGGUUGUGUGAGAAAGAGUGCUACCUGGACAUGCUGUCGUCCCCGCAACACACAGCCGAGGAGCUGCACAUCCUCUGGGACAGGAAGAGGGCCUGUGGAGACCCCUGCGGCUGUCCCUGGGGCCACUAAAUCUGGUUCAAACCACACUCACCAUGGGGCACUGUGGGUAAAAUACACUCAACACUGGUUGUCAGUUCAGUUUCUGUGGUUUCCUUAAAACCCCAAACUGAGUUUUAUCACUAUUAUUGUAUGAUAUACACACUUGGUUUUUGAAAUGUGUGAUUUUUCUGUUGGAAAACGAUAAAAACUUUGAGAUUGCAUCGCAGGUUCUUAAUAUUAACAAGAUAGUCUACCGACAUAAUAAAUCAUUCGCAGCUUCAGAAUACGUUAAAAACAAAUUUAGCUGUAGCGUACCGUCAGUAUUUGUAUCAUGAAAUCAGUUAUUAAAUUUGAAAAUGUGGAACAGACAAAAUGUGGGUUUAGUGAUGUUGUGACUGACUGAACCAUGUGCAGUACCAGCAUGUGAUGGUCAUCGUGUACAGAAUCAUUGCUGUAAGACUUGAGUACUUUGUAAUAUUAUAAUUACUGAUGCUCUGAUAUUUGGCAGACCUGAGCCUUUUGGUUUAAAAGGGAUAUCUGUUGGUAUUUUAAAGACGACUGCUUUACAUCGCUAUAUUUUGUAAAUUAUUGUCUUAAGCUUUUCAUCCUCCUCACUAUUUGUAGAUUUAUGACGAGCUUUCUCACAAACACACACAGUUUGUACUGUAACUGUCAUUGUGCAAAUGGUGAUGUGGCCUUACUGUAUUUGUUAGGCGUCAUAUUGUACGUAUGUUAACACAGAUUUCAAUCAGUGUAUUUGCAACACAAAUUUUUGACGAAGCCAGAGUCAGAGUGACUAUGACAUAGACUCACUAGUUUAACACCGGUUUUACGAAACCCUCCUCACAGGUAAUAAAGAACACUGGA